AUGGAUUUACCGCUCAGAGCGAGACGCACAGCGCGCAUCCCUCUCCUCACCCUGAUGCUCUGCUGCGUCUCUCUGGCAUCCCGCAAAGAUGGCUGUGACAGUCCACUGGUGUCCAAUCUCCCACAGUCAGCCUUCAGGAGUUCAUCUCAGCUGUCCAACAGCCAUGGACCCGGCUACGCCAAACUCAACAGGAGAGAUGGGGCAGGUGGAUGGUCACCGCUGGACUCCAAUAAGCACCAGUGGUUGGAGAUCAAUCUUGGCGAGAGGACAGAGGUCACAGCCAUUGCUACUCAGGGCAGAUAUGGCAGUUCAGACUGGGUGACUCACUACCUCCUCAUGUUCAGCGAUACAGGCCAUAAUUGGAGACAGUACCGACAGGAGGACAGCAUUGGGGUAUUCUUUGGGAACACGAACGCAGACAGCGUAGUGUCCUACAAGCUCCAGCAGCCGGUGUUCACUCAGUUCCUCCGUGUGCUGCCUCUCCAUUGGAAUCCCAAUGGAAGAGUCGGGUUACGACUGGAAGCGUACGGCUGCCAAUACAAAUCCGACGUGAUCAGCUUCGAUGGAGGCAGCUACUUGCUCUUCAAGCUUGAUCCAGUCACCGGUCCAUCGCCCAAAGACCUGCUAACGAUGAACUUCAAAACCCUUCACAACUCUGGAGUCUUGAUGCACAUGGAAGGCAAUCGUGGACACACCCUGAGUCUGGAGUUACUCAAAGGAAAACUCUUCGUACAUCUCAGAAAAGGUAGUCUCACCCUCACUCAGGAGUUCCUCAUGUCACUUGGCAGCCUGCUAGAUGACCAACACUGGCAUCACGCUAGCAUCGAACGACUCCGAGGACACGUUAACUUCACUGUGGACAAAAGCACACAGCAGCUCCAAGUCCCCGAACACCAAAGUCACUUUGAGAUUAACGAGAUCAGUUUCGGUGGCGUUUCGGCUGAUGGGACUCAGAGAGAAAACAUCAGGAGAAACUUCCACGGCUGUCUGGAGAACGUGCAGUACAACGGUGUCGAUGUGAUCAGCCUGGCUAAAAGGAAACAACUCGCCGCAGUGGGAAACGUCACGCUUGGCUGUUUAGAGGCCGUCAAUGUGCCAGUGACGUUCACGAGCUCAGAGAGUUUCCUUCAGUUGCCGUGGACAUUGACACGCGACACCACGUCAGUCGGAUUACAGUUCCGGACCUGGAACAAGGCAGGCCUGCUUAUGACCUUUGACCUCCAGCACCAAGCGGGAACGCUGUGGGUUUACCUGAGUGAGGCGAGGGCGAGCAUGCAGAUCCACAAGGCUGGCAGGAUCAUGGCGGACAUCACAGCAGGGUCCACGCUGAACGACGGCCAGUGGCACUCUGUGGAUUUGACUGUCCGCCGAAGUCGCCUGAUUCUGGCAGUAGACAAAUCGGACAUGUCCACCAUCACCAUUUCCUUCCCCGUCAUACCUGCGAAUCAGAUCUUUUUCGGAGGAUGUCCAAUUACAGAUGAUGGAUGUAAGAAGCAAUCCAACGUUUUCCAAGGAUGCAUGCGCCUCAUCCACCUGGGCGAGGCGUUCGUGGAUGUGAUCAAGGUGCAGCAGAUGCUGUUCGGAAACUUCAGCGACCUCCAGAUGGACGUGUGCGGAAUCGUCGACAGGUGCUCGCCGAGCCACUGCGAACAUGGCGGGAGGUGCACGCAGUCAUGGACUACUUUCCACUGUGACUGCUCUGAUACCGGCUACAGAGGAGCAACGUGUCAUAGCUCUGUUUACGAGGCGUCAUGCGAGGCGUACAAGCACAGAGGGAACACGUCAGGGCUGUACCACAUUGACGUGGAUGGAAGCGGGCCCAUCAAGCCGCAGCUCAUCUACUGCAACAUGUCAGAAGAUAAAGCGUGGACGGUGAUCCAACACAAUAACACCGAGCUCACCAAAUUACGAGCAUCUUCAGGGAGCGCUCAGCAUUUGGCCUCCUUUAACUAUUCUGCCAACGCCGAGCAGCUCGCGGCCAUAAUUACCCAAGCCGAGCACUGCGAGCAGGAACUCUCCUACCACUGCAAAAAGUCACGCCUCCUAAACACACCAGAUGGUGCGCCGUUCACCUGGUGGGUGGGCCGGUCAGGAGAUGCCCACACAUACUGGGCAGGGGCACAACCGGGCACUCAGCAGUGCGCCUGUGCCGUCCACGACAACUGUGUGGAUCCAGAGCAGUUCUGCAACUGCGACCGCGACCUCGAUGACUGGCUGAACGAUUCUGGCGUCCUCUCUCACAAAGAGCAUUUGCCUAUCAGACUGUUAGCAGUGGGGGAUGUAAGCAGGCCGGGGUCAGAGGCAGCAUAUCGGGUGGGUCCCCUCCAGUGCCACGGAGACAAUGACUUCUGGAACGCGGCCCACUUCGAUAAGGAGACUUCUUACCUCCACUUCCCCACUUUCCACGGGGAACUCAGUGCUGAUAUUGCCUUCUUUUUCAAGACCUCCUCCUCCAGCGGCGUGUUCCUCGAAAACCUGGGAAUUAAAGACUUCAUCCGAAUCGAGCUGAGCUUGCCGACUGAAGUCGUUUUCUCCUUUGACGUGGGGAACGGCCCGCUUGAGGUGCGUGUAAAGACUCCGGUCCCUUUAAACGACGAGCGCUGGCACCACGUGGUGGCCGAGCGGAACGUCAAAGAGGCGUCUCUGAGUGUGGACAACUACCCAGGAUCAGUGCAGAAAGCCCCCACUGAGGGUCAUAUCCAUCUCCAGCUCAAUAGCCAGCUCUUCGUGGGAGGAACUGCAUCGAGGCAGAAGGGCUUCCUGGGCUGUAUCCGGUCACUGAAGUUGAACGGGAAGACGCUGGAUCUGGAGGAGCGAGCAAAGAUCACACCUGGCGUCCGCCCCGGAUGUCCAGGCCACUGCACCAGCUAUGGGCACCUGUGUCAGAACCAGGGCCAGUGCCUAGACAAGCAUAAUGGUUUCGUCUGCAACUGUGGUGCCUCUUCAUACUCUGGUACCUUCUGUCACAAAGAGGUUUCUGCGUAUUUCCGACCCGGUACCUCGGUGACAUACACAUUCAAGGAGCCGUAUGAGCUGAACAAAAAUGGCAGCGCGAUGUCCUCCUCCAUCUACUCAGACCUGACGCUGAAAGGAGAAAACAUAUCGCUGAGUUUUCGCACCAUCCAAGCGCCAGUCAUUCUCUUUUACGCCAGCUCAUACUACAGAGAAUUCCUCGCUAUCUUCCUCAGCAAGAACGGUCAACUGGAGCUGAAGUACAAACUGCAGAAUAACAGAGAUGCUGAGGUGUUCCGAUCGAGCGUUAAGAACCUGGCCAAUGGACAGCUGCACCGAGUGGCUAUCAGGAGAAUCCUGGAGAGCAUCAGUAUUCAGAUUGAUCAGAAUGCAAAGGAAGACUUCAACCUAUCAUCAGAUGUUGACUUCAAUGCCAUCAAAGCCAUCGUCAUUGGGAAAGUGCCUGAACAUGAUGAGCUGGAUGCAGAGAUAACUCGUCUGGCUUCUCAGGGCUUUACAGGCUGCCUGUCAGUGGUCCAGUUCAACUCCAUCUCUCCUCUGAAAGCAGCGCUGCUUUAUCCACACACCAGUCCUGUUAUAGUCACAGGGACACUGACCGAGUCCAACUGCGGCUCGUCCUCGUCAUCCAGUCCCUACGCAGCUGAAACCACCCACUCGCUCUCGGACCACGUGGGCACUGUAGGAGAGCCCGUAGUCAAUGCAAUCAACGGCGACUCGGCUUUGAUUGGAGGCGUCAUCGCCGUCGUGAUUUUUGUGAUCCUCGCCUGCUUGGCUGUCAUGGCGCGAUUCUUCUACAGACGGAAAGAGACGUUUCAGACCCAGGACUCGAAGGGAGCCAAAUCAAUGGACAGUCCUGAAGCGGCGUUUAACGCUGACCCCAGUGCGCAGAGCGUAAUCAGUGAAAGCCAAAAAGAGUACUUCAUAUGA